GUAAGAGCAAAGCGACUAUGGUACGUCAGAAUGUUAUUUCUAGUUCUUCCACUGAUCAUGCUGUUGCUAAUACGCGUAUAAAAGGAGAGAUUGUUUGCUUUUAUUGUAAAAAGGCAGGACAUAAAAUUUCUGAUUGUGCUGUUCUUAAGAAAAAGGAGAGAGUUGCUAAAACUGUCGGAUUAAUUUCUGCAUGUGCGAAUCAUAGCUCUGCCCAAUCUGUAAAAAAACAGCCUAAGCAGAGGGAUAUCUCUGAGGUGGAGAUUGAGGAUGUUAAGAGUCAUGAUGAUUAUGCACCAUUUCUUACAGAGGGGACUGUGUCUUUGCCUGGUUCUGAGAAGACCAUUUCUGUUUGUAUCCUUCGAGAUACAGGGGCUGCGCAGUCCUUUUUAUUGGAAGGACUUCUGCCUUUGUCUGAUAGAACUGCUACUGGAACUCACGUACUAGUUAGAGGGUUUGAGAUGGGGUUUAUGGAAGUUCCUUUACACCGCAUACAUCUCGCUUCAAAAUUGGUGUCAGGUAAUGUUGUCGUUGGAGUUCGUGCUGUGCUUCCUGUUCCUGGUGUCACUUUUAUACUUGGCAAUGAUUUAGCAGGGGGAAAUGUGUGGGAAAAGUCAGAUGGUGGAGUUCCACCUAUAGUGGUUCCUGAUGUAGGAAAAAUAGAUUACUCCCCUGACUGUCCUAACUUAUUCCCUGCAUGUGCGAUAACCCGAGCCAAGGCCAAGAGAAUGAUAUCAGACGAAAGGGAAAGUAUUCUUGGUGAUGCUUUUAUUUCCUCUGUGAAUUCUUCCCAGCCAGAACGCAAUACUGUGUGCACUAGUAUUGAGGAUGAGACCCCUGUGUCUGAGUUACCAUCUGUCAUUGACAAUGUGGAAAAAUCUGAUUCCCAGCCUGAAAGUCCAUUUUAUUGUGAUGACCAUGUUAAUGCUUGUUCUUUAUCUCCACUGUAUAAUGUAACUCGAGAUGAAUUAAUCCGAGAACAGCAGUCAGAUUGCACCCUCCAAGAUCUGUUUUCUUUGGCGAAAGAAGGAAGGGUUGAUGCCAGUGCUUAUGGUGCCGGUGCUGUUCUUUUGCAGGAAGAUGUUGAUGGAAUUGAACAUCCGUGUAUACUGAUCACAAUCCUUUGA